AUGCGGAAUCUGCGUAAUAUCAAGCAUGCUGCUAUAACAUUGGAAGAAUUCGACGAGCCCAUAACCGCGACAGCAUGGGACGGCGAUGACUUGGUCUGCAGCUUAGGGCCUUCUAUGUCUAACCCAACAAUAUGUCUCAGGCGACUCCCAAAGGAUGCGUACGGUCCGGACCAGGCCAUAACAAUCGCAUCGUGGGAUGCCGUCUCGCCCAAUCCGGAUCUGCCAUACGACAAAGUUCUGAACCUCCACUGCUUUCCGGACACGGGCAGCACAUGUCUCGUCCUGGAAGGAGGCGACAUUGUCGUAGCGAAGGAAGACGGUGAGGAACUGAUUGAGAUAGUCGGGUCAGUCGAUGCCGGAAUCAACGCCGCUGCGUGGAGUCCGGACGAAGAGCUGUUGCUCAUUGCGUCAAAGGCAAAUACCUUACUGUUCAUGACUCGAGAGUUUGAAGGGACUGCAAGUAUCAAUCUUUCCACCGAAGACUUGAAGGUCUCCAAUCAUGUCUCAGUCGGAUGGGGAAAGCGAGAGACGCAAUUCCAAGGCCGUGGAGCCAAGGCUUUGAAGGACCCGACUGUCCCCGAGCAUGUUGACGAAGGCAAAUUGAGCGAUUUCGAUGAUGCUCGGACUACUAUCAGCUGGAGAGGCGAUGGCCAAUUUGUUGCCGUUAACAGCAUUUUGGAAGGCGAGACGAAGCGAAGGAUCAUUCGCGUGUACUCACGAGACGGCGUUCUGGACAGCGUUAGCGAACCUGUCGAUGGCCUUGAAGGUGCUUUGAGCUGGAAGCCCAGCGGACAGUUAAUUGCUGGCAUACAAAGACAGGAUGAUCGAAUCGAGGUUGUCUUCUUUGAGCGCAACGGGCUACGACACGGCGAAUUCGCCUUACGACUCAGCAAGACCGAAAUGAAUGGUAUGGGUGGUGCUAUUGAUCUGGCCUGGAACGCCGACUCUUCUGUGAUUGCUGUAUCGUUGAAAGACCGUGUUCAGCUCUGGACCAUGAGCAACUACCACUAUUAUCUGAAGCAAGAGAUCAUGCUUGGAGCGACGGCCCAUUCCUUUGCCGUGGCCUCAUGGCACCCUGAAAGAGCUUUGCAGUUGGCGUGCUUCGCUCAUACAUCAAUUCGUCUUCUGAGCUAUGCUUCCCAGGUUGCUUGCGGCUCAGUUGUUCCUCCGUACGAUCAUGGGACUGUGGCCGUGAUCGAUGGACAAAGACUCAAACUGACGCCAUUACGGACCGCUAAUGUACCGCCGCCUAUGGCUCUUGACGAAAUUGAUCUUCCAGCAAAUACUGUGGACGUCGCAAUCAGCAAGAAAGGGACCAAAAUUGCCGUUCUCCACCAAGAUAGCGUUUCAAUAUGGGACUGUGAUUACAGCAGCAAGCCAGCCAAGCGACCAAAGCUGUCGAGUGCAGUGCCCUUAUCCACCGAUUCAUCCUUCGCUGUUCCACGGCAACUUGUGCUCGACGAGAACGACGAAGUCCUAGUCGUGAGCAGCGGCGUAAACAUGGAGGGCGCGCAGCUGGCCUGUCUUCCAACUCGCGACAGCGCAGCGACGGUUGACUUGGACGGCGUGACUUUGAUCUCCGACACAAACCACAAACGCACAAUAUACGAAAACGCUUCUGGAGCGAUCUGCGACUUCAGUGCUGGCGCUCAAAUCGGAAAGCUCCCAACAGUAUGCCCGGCUGUCAAGGUUUGGCGAGAGGGUGACGCUGAAAUUGUCUUCGGUUUGACUGCCGGUGGUCUUCUGCACGUCCAAAGCGCUUCUCAGACUCUCAAGAUAUCCAGUUGUACAUCUUUUGUCGUGACGAGAACACAUUUGGUCUACACAACUGGAACGCACCUCUUAAAAUUUGUCCAUUUGCACUCUGGAGAGCUUGAAGUACCUCCCGAUGAGCCCGAGAAGGACGAGCGGUGUCGAAACGUUGAAAGAGGCGCGAAACUAGUCACCGUCAUGCCGAGUGCGUACUCGCUGGUCCUGCAGAUGCCUCGGGGCAAUCUCGAAACAAUAUAUCCAAGGGCCUUGGUCCUGGCGGGGAUUCGUCACGAGAUUGGGCAGAGACACUACAAGAAAGCCUUCUUGAUCUGUAGGACGCAACGCGUGGACAUGAAUAUCUUGCACGACUAUGCGCCACAGCAAUUCAUGAUGGACGUUGAUCGGUUUAUUCGGCAAGUAAAGAAAGUGGAGUACAUCGACCUGUUCCUGAGUUCUCUUUCGGAGGAAGACGUAUCCCAGACUCUGUACAAAGAGACGCUCAAGGCAUCUGUUGGGAACGAGACGAAUGGGUUGCUCGAAGGACAUGAGCCACAUCAACCGCCGUCUCAAUCCUCAAAGGUCAACCAGAUCUGCGAUGCAUUCUUGAAAGCUCUGUCUGGCCAGGAGUCAACACAUCUUCAGAACGUCGUUUCCGCUCAUGUAUGCAAGAAUCCGCCCGAUCUUGAGGCUGGCUUGUCUCUCGUCGCGGAUCUUCGGAAGAGUGGGAAGCAAGAACAGCUGGAACAAGCCGUGGAGCACAUCUGCUUUUUGACGGACGUUAACCAGAUUUAUGAUACCGCGCUCGGCAUAUACGAUCUCGAUGUUGCCCUCUUAGCUGCUCAGCAAUCUCAGAAGGAUCCUCGCGAAUACUUGCCGUAUCUGCAGAACCUGCAUAGCAUGGAAUCUCUGCGGCAGAGACAUGCUAUCGAUAAUGACUUGAAGCGAUACAAAAAGGCGCUUUCUCACCUGCACAGUGCCGGAGACUUCGAAGAACUCAAAGCAUACGUCGAGAAGCAUGAUCUCUACUCGACGGCGAUCGAAUUGUAUCGAUAUGAUGACGCACGGCUAUCAGAGCUCAUGCGCAUGUAUGCCGAUUUCUUGAGCUCACGGAACCGAUACAAAGAGGCCGGAAUUGCGUAUGAAUAUGUUUCAGACUACGCCUCUGCAUAUGAAGCAUACCGAGCAUGCAGCAUGUGGGGGGAAUGUCUGGCUUGUGCUGGCCUCAUUGACAUGUCCGAAGAGCGGACGGCAGAGCUGGCGCGGGAUCUCGCUGACGGUCUCGAGGAAGCCAAGCACUACGUCGAAGCAGCAACCGUCUACCUGGAACAUUUGAGGGAUCUCGAAUCGGCUGUCCGCCUCCUCUGUCGUGGCUAUCGCUUCGCCGACGCCAUUCGACAAGUCGCGAUUCGGAAGCGCCCAGAGCUCCUUCGCGACCUCGUAGAUCCCGGUCUCAUCGAGGCCUCUGCCACCAUGACCGAAAUGCUCGCGGAGAUGAAGACGCAGCUGAACAACCAGAUCCCUCGACUUCGCGAAUUGCGACGAAAGAAGGCCGAAGAUCCCAUGGCUUUCCUGGACGGCGGAGGGGACUAUGACGCCGACAUACCGGACAACAUCUCCCUCGCACCGACCGACUCGACGACCGCGGGGACUUUCAUGACGCGCUACACGAAUCGCUCGAUGGGCACGCUGGCGACCAACGCCACGCGGAAGACGUCGAAGAACCGCCGACGCGAGGAGAGAAAGCGCGCGCGCGGCAAGAAGGGCACGGUGUAUGAGGAAGAAUACCUCGUGAAUUCCAUCGCGAGGUUGAUGGAGCGGGUGAACGAGACGGGAGAGGAUAUCGGCAGACUCGUGGAAGGGUUGAUGCGGAGGGCUAUGAGGGAGCGAGCGCUCGCUGUCGAGGGUGUCUUUCAGGAUGUGCUCGUGGCUUGUAGAGGGUGCAUGGAAGAGGUCUUCUGUUCCUCUCUCGAGCCUCAGCUGCCGGCGAAUACGAAUGGAGAGGGCGAAAGGCCUUGGGGUGGACAGGCGGUAUUGUGGGAAGCGAUGUCGGCGACACAGCAGAAACGGGAAGCGCCCGUGUUGAGGGCUUUUGAGAAGCUGAGCUUACUCGAGACGUGA